CCCCAGGGCUUACAUAAUCAAUGCUGCCCUCAACCCGAAACAAUAUUUGUAUACAAAAGUAUACAAAUUAUGUACGUUAUAUACAGAGAGCACGAAGCACAAAUUUUAUGCAUGAAGAGAGAUCACUGUAAGAAAUAUAUACAAACAAUAAUUAUCACAAAAAAACAUUUUUUAAUUUGAUGUUUAAGAACCUGAUAAAUUUUUAUCAUCAAUAGUCAUAAAAAAGAAAUUAUGAUUUAUACUAAUGUAAAAACUUUACCUUCAUUAGGAUUAAAACGUAUUAUUGUAUUUGGCCAUGAGAUGUGUCAAUUUUUUUUUUACCGAUCUGCAUUCAGAAUCUAUCCAAUAGAAAUCUAGACAAAUCAAAAAGAACCCGAGAAUUAAAGCCACGGUCAUUAUCGAAAAACUUUUAUCUGAACAACUUUUAUUGAUUUACAGGUUGAUUCAUUUCAUGUCAGUUUAACUUGUACCAUAGUUGGCGUGCUGUCUUUUGUUACAAGUAUGGGUUAUCUAUAUAAACCCACAUAUUUUUUUAAUCCUACCACAACUUACGAGUAAAACAUUUACCAAAUUUAUCAAAUUUUUAUUUUUAUCAAUUUUACUUAAUUGAAUCAAAAGAAAGAUUGUCCAUUGUAAGAUAUUCCUGCAGAUUAAAUUUGCUCGUAUUAAACACGGACAACUGACUCAGACUAAGUUCUACAAAAAGAUAUUCGCACGAAAUCUCAUUUGUACUUGUGACAAGACGAUAUUGUCAAUGAUUUCAUCUUGAAAACUACCUAUUUUCAAAUUCUCUUCCAUGUGUGCGAGCAAAUUAAGAAACGGGUGUAAGUAAACCAUAUGCGAUUAUGUAUACAUAUUAUGUUAAUUCAUGUAGAAAUGAAUGAGGUUUACGGAAAUAAUGUUUCCGUGCAUAUUUUUCUAUUAUUAGGCAGCAAGCCAGCUAUGUCACAUGUUAUUUGUAAAGCGCGAUUUUUAGUGCGCCAAUUUUUUUUGAGCAACAAAGAGCAAGUUUGAGCUAUUUUUCGCAAAACCACAUCGACUUCCUGGGCAGAAAUGACAGACAGAGAACGUAGAGCAAAAGCAGGCGCAAAGAUGUCAGAAAUUAUGAAGUCUUUACGGGAAAGCGAAACCAUCGACUUGGAAUCCACGCCGUCACGACCUUCGCCAGCGUCAAUAGUGCGGGAUGGCCAACACGUGCAAACAGGUUCAGUUUCUCCGCAUGAAAUAGCGGACCUUGAGUCAAAAUGCCGAGAGCUGGAGGUGAAGCUACAGAGGACGAAACUAGAAUGCAGAUAUAUAGAGAGACAAACCCAGAUAGAAACAGAGACGAGGAAUCUGCACUCCAUGACCCUUCAUCCGGCGGCGGCGACAGCACCACCAGAUACGAGGACCCUUGACGCUCCACCGGAAUUCCAAGAUGGGGCCGGGCUUCUUCAAGCACUGCACACUGCAGCUAGUCGCCUGAAGAGCCAAGGAUGGGCUGUUAGCACCAAGAAAACAUACCAAGCCCAAAUUACCUGCUACUUGGACUUUUGUGCAAAGGUUAACCUACCUGGUGUGCCUGCAUGUCUGGAGCAGAUCAUCCUAUACAUAGCAUAUAUAGUGGAUGUAAAAUCUUUUAAGUAUAGUACUAUUAAGAAUUAUCUUAAUAUUGUGAAACAUUUACAUUGUGCAAAUGACUUUGAUGACCCUAUUCAUGGUGUAUGGUUGAUCCAGCAGACACUGAAGGGAGCAAAACGUGAACUUGGGGAUGCCCAAGAGGCAGCUACACCAAUCCAGCCUUGUCACCUUUUACUUAUUAGGAGUGCGUUAUGUUUAGACCUCAAGGAGGACUUAUCUUUUUGGGCGGCAUGCCUGAUAGCAUUUUUUGGACUUUUGCGCCCUGGAAACUUCUUAUAUCAGGGACCUAUCUGUGUACCGGACCGCGACUUGUGUAUCCAAAACAUAAGCCCGCACGCCAAAGGCUUCUUGUUAUCCCUGAAUUGGACGAAAACUUUGCAGUUUCAUGAGCAUCAACUUCAAGUCACCCUUCCGGAUCUGCACGGUCAUCCACUGUGCCCUGCCAGCGCCCUGCGUAGCUUAUUUCGGUUGCUUUUCGCCAAUCCUUUGACUUCAGACACAUCCCCUCUCCUUCAACGGACAUAUGGCAAACCCCUGUCUUACAGCUGGUUUUUGUCUCGACUGCGAAAAAUCCUACCUGGAGAGGGCAUCACCGGGCAUUCCUUUCGGCGGGGCGGUGCCACGUGGGCGUUCCAGCAAGGUUUACAGGGUGAACUUAUCCAAGAACUGGGUUUUUGGAAGAGCAACGCCUAUCUACGCUACCUGGAGUCCAACUUGGAUCAAAAAUUUGCAAAUAUGUACCAGUUUGGUAGAAGACUACCUUCAGCCUUUAGUUGAUUUUACCCCUUCCCUCAUUCAAACAUUUUCCCCCUGGGUCUGGGAGGUUACUUUUUCACAUGUACAUGAUGUAUUACAUGUAUGUUGUUUGUGUUUAAUUGCAAAUUGUAUAUUGAGCAUUGCAAAAAAUAAAAUUUUGUAGGCCCAGGAUACUGUUGUUUAUUUGAAGUAAAAUGUUAAUUCAUGUAGAAAUGAAUGAGGUUUACGGAAAUAAUGUUUCCGUGUAUAUUUUUCUAUUAUUAGGCAGCAAACCAGCUAUGUCACAUGUUAUUUGUAAAGCGCGAUUUUUUAGUGCGCAAAUUUUUUUUGAGCAACAAAGAGCAAGUUUGAGCUAUUUUUCACAAACCCACCCACCCACACCAGUUGUAUUACUGCAGACAUGCCUUGUAUUUAGCAAUUAUGUGAGGUUACUUUUUCACAUGUACAUGAUGUAUUACAUGUAUGUUGUUUGUGUUUAAUUGCAAAUUGUAUAUUGAGCAUUGCAAAAAAUAAAAUUUUGUAGGCCCAGGAUACUG